AUUUCUUGACAAUCUCCAUUAGAUUUCAAUAUGGUUACAGAUACUAUAGAGGAUACUCGAGUAUUCUUCCUGAUAAAACAUAUAAGUUGGUCAGAAUAUGGAUUCCACACUCCUAUCUUGUUACAAGAUGCAAAUGGACCUUGCCCCUUGAUCGCCCUUGUAAAUACCCUACUUCUUAAGUAUGAAUUUGAUAUUCAACAACAGCAAGAGUCAGUGAAAUUAGCAGGCAUCAAUGAUCUUCGAAAGCAUCUAUUACGUCUUGAGACCAAAAUUUAUUUAGACGAUCUAUUAUCACGAUUAGGAGAUUUAAUUGUCAAUAUUGCAGAAACAUCCCCUGAUUGUGAAGGGGAUGCAGCAAAACUUUUGGAUUUACUCCCUCAACUUCAUACUGGACUAUCAGUAAAUCCAAACUUAAUCACCGGCAAAUUUCCAAAGGAUGAUUUAUCCACUGUAUUAUUCACAUCAUUAUUUGAAUUGAAUUUUGAACAUGGUUGGGUAUUAGAUGAAGACGUUACUGUGAUUAGAGAACUUGAAUUUUUCGAUAAAAUUCAAGAUUUCCUUCUUACUAAUGAAGAAGAAGUUCAAACUAAAGAAUGGCUAGAUGCUAAUAAAACUCAAGUGACUAAUGCUGGGCUUGAAAAAUUGAGCGAUUCCUUAGAUUUCAACAAUUUUGCAAUCUAUUUCCGUAAUAAUCAUUUCAAUACAUUGUUUAAAAGUGGUUCAGGAGAUUUAUUUUUACUUAUGACUGAUAGUUCUUUGAAGAGUUCAAAAAAUAUCAUUUGGCAAUCUUUGACUACAGUGUCAGGAAAAGAUGAUAUAUUUUAUACGGGUGAUUUUUUCCCCAUUUUAGAUGAAGACCUUCAGGAAAUAGAAAAUCAACGUGGAGAAGUCGACGACUCGGAUAUGAUAUUGGUCAAACAAUUGCAAGAGGAAGAAGAUCAAAGAAUGGCAGAAGAAAUGCAUAAGAAGUACCAGAAUAUACAUACAAAGGCUACAAAGAAAUUAGAGGCACAAGAUAAGAAAUCUGAAUUGAUAUCCAAACUGAAAAAGCAACAAACCAAAGAUUCUGAUAAAAAGAAAAAAUCAAGUUGUAUUAUUACAUAGUGUAUUCUGAUUUAGAAAUUAUUUUAAUUUACGUACUCCUCUCCAGCUUCCCUUUUUUUUUCUAUUUUCAU